AUGCACACCGUACAGCGGCUCUCUGCCUCGACCAUCUCAGCGUUGUGGUGUUGGCGAUGGGAUCCUUCGGUCAAGGCCGCGACCUAUCAUGUAGGCUUUUCUUCCUUUUGUUUUGGGUGUUAUCGACGGAAACGCUGCUCACUCAGCACAGAGUUCCAGACUUUUUGCGAGCUUAUCGUGUCUGCUGCUCGAUCGAAGCCUCGACUUCGGCUCUUCCGCCCUGGCCCUGGAAAGGCUGCUAUUGGGUUCUGGACCUGA